CUACUAUUAAUUUAAACGCGCAAUUUCCGUUCAAAAUGGCCGAUAAAACUAUGCCUAUUUCUGUGCCAUCAGAAAAGCCUUUAAAACUUGUGGAAUGGAAAGCUAAAGAAGGUGAUUUUGUGUCAUAUGGUAAAAUAUUAUUUUUAUACAGUGAUUCCUCGGGUAACAGUAAUGAAAAAAAGAGAUUUAAAACCGUUCGCGCUGGUACGAUUGUAUCCAUCAAGGUGAAAGAAGGAGACAUUAUAGAACCUGGAGCAUGUAUAGCAGAUCUAGAAGAAUGUCGUCAUCCAACUGUAAUGAAAGAAAUGUGCGCAGGAUGUGGCGCGGAUUUACGUACCGACGAAAGUCGAAAAAAGGAUACAGCUGUUGUUCCAAUGGUUCAUUCUGUUCCUGAAUUAAAGGUUUCUGAAGAGUUGGCUCUUAAAUUAGGAAGAGAAGAUGCUGAUCGUCUGUUGAAGGAUCGUAAGCUGGUGCUACUCGUUGAUCUCGAUCAAACACUGGUCCAUACAACUAAUGAUGAUAUUCCUCCUAAUAUAAAGGGUGUUUUACAUUUUUUCCUAAGAGGGCCAGGUAAUCAAGGCAGAUGGUGUCAUACAAGACUUAGACCUAAAACACAGGAGUUUUUAGAAUCAGCUUCAAAAAAUUAUGAACUGCAUGUGUGUACCUUUGGAGCUAGGCAAUAUGCGCAUGCGAUAGCCGAGUUGCUUGAUCCACAGAAAAAGUAUUUCUCACACAGAAUACUGUCAAGGGAUGAAUGUUUUGAUGCAAGGACAAAGUCUGCUAAUUUAAAAGCACUAUUCCCAUGUGGCGAUAAUAUGGUUUGCAUAAUAGAUGACAGAGAAGAUGUUUGGAGACAUGCAACAAAUCUAAUCCAUGUGCGUCCUUAUUCAUUCUUUCAAUCAACUGGAGACAUCAAUGCUCCUCCGGCACUAUGGGAUGAAAAACAGAAAGUGCCAAGUAGUAAGAAUGGCUCCCAAGUACCCACAAGCAAUCAAAUGCCCACAUUAGAUGCGGAACCAGAUAAAGAUACUAAAGACAUAAAGAACGAAGAAAAUGAAGAAAGCAAACCUAUGGAAGUUGAAAAUGGAAAUUUUGUUGAUGAUGACAAUAAAAUAAGCAAAACAACAGAGAUAAACAGUGAGCAAGGGAAAGAAAAGUCAGCUGGUGAUCCCAAUGUCCCAGUGUGGGUUGAAACUCCUGAUGGUCAGAUUGAAGUUGAUGAUUCUGAUGAUUAUUUAAUAUAUUUGGAAGAUAUCUUGAAAAGAAUACAUAAGCAUUUCUAUGAUAUGUAUGAGAGUAUGGGAAAAUAUCAAAUACCAGACUUAAAGUAUAUAAUACCUGAAGUAAAGAGUAAAGUAUUGGCUGGUGCGAGUUUAGUUUUUAGUGGUUUAGUGCCCACUCAUCAGAGAUUAGAAACAUCUAGAGCUUAUCAAGUUGCUAAAAGCUUAGGUGCGGAUGUAACGCAAGAUUUUACUAUAAAUAGCACACAUUUAGUGGCAGUUAGAUCAGGUACAGCAAAAGUUAACGCUAGUCGAAAAAUGGUUGAUGGUAAGCAAAAGUUUCAUGUCGUAACUCCUGAGUGGUUGUGGACUUGCGCCGAGCGAUGGGAACGCGUCGACGAAAGACUCUACCCUUUGCAGCGAGGCGGACAGAGCAGCGCACGCCGUCCGCCCGCGCACUGCAGUAGUCCGCCGCCCGCCCCACCGCUGCGGAAGCGCACGCCUUCCGGGCGCUUCAUGGACACCAUCAACCCCCUUCUGUCCUUUUCAAGUGACGACAUCGCUGAUAUGGAUCGCGAGGUAGAAGAUAUUUUUAAUGAACCAGAUGAAAGUUCAACAGAUGAUGAAAAGAACCGUCUAGAUGACCUGGAUGAUGAGGAAAACAUACCCGAAGAUAGACUCCUCACUUUAGAAACUGAAAAUGAAUCACGGGACAGGUUGCAGGGAGCAGAAGAUAAUGAAGAUUCUAGUGACUCUAAUACAGAGGAUGGUCAAAAACCUCGUAAGAGGCCACGACCGUCAACACCUCCAUCUGACGAUGAUGGACCACCCGAUGAUGAUGACAGCUCCUGGAACCUCAUGGGAGCAGCCCUGGAAAGAGAAUUUCUGGCACAGGACUGAUGCUACCAACACCAGCCAAUUGUACAAAUUGUAUGCCUUUGCGUUAAUAAAAUAUUGCUCUUC